AUGAUUGACACCUCGGACGGCGCGCUCCCCCGGACAGAAGACGCGGGUCAUUCGGCCGAGCUCCUCCAGCGGACCGACCAGGAAGGUUUCCGUGCUGAGGUGUACUGGCUUCCUAGCUUCAACCGACGCCGCGCUAACGGCAUCUCGGAGAGCCACUCCGCCAGCCCGCCUGCCCCUCCGGAUAGCAAGAGCAAGAGACCCGUCAACGAGGGUCGCUUCCGCAACCUAUUCAAGAGGCUGGCCUUCGAUUGCUGGGGCGGACCGAGCGGUACACUAACUGACCCAGCCCUCGGCCCGGUGAUCUUGUUCGAGGAAAGAUAUGCGGAGAUUGUCGGAAGAAAGAGGGACGACGAGCGACUGGAGCUUGUCGACGAAGCUUUCAGAUACAUCCUACUGAGCAUCUCGAUGUCCCGGACCGAGGCCGUCGGAUGGGUGUCCAUCUUCUCCGGACUCCUGGCUCACUACCGCGGCUCUCAGAGGCUGCCCACCUCCCUCGUCUAUGGCCUCCACAGUCUGCUCCUCAAACACUUGUCUGACCCCACCCUCUCCUCCUCCAUCUGUGAUCUCCUCCUGGAAAUACUCACCACCAUAAACCCUCGCGUUCGUCCCUUACUCAUCGCCAAAUGGAGCCAGGGUAAUUUGGAGAAACUUGUUAAAAUAAUAUCCGCUGAGCCGACGUUAAGUGUGCUUCUGGCUGGACUGCAAGCAAAGCGAGUGGAUGAGAUCCUAGGAGGAUUCGGAGUCAUCGGGGACAUAUUCUCGGCCCGGGCGCCAGGAUAUUUCUCUUCGCAGACAAGAGUAGCCUCGAUAGCGGUCCUCUUUCAUCUGAUCGGCAUGGGCAUACCGAAGAUUACAGAAGAGGCGAUAUCGAUAUCCAAGGCGCUGUUGGUGAAUGAUGAGGAAUACUUCCUGUUAGGACACGAACGCGCUCUCCUAGACAAGAUCUUAUCAGAUUACAAAGAGGCCACAUCCGAUCGCGAACAUACCAACAUCCUAACUGGUAGUCAAAUAUUCACCGUUCAAUCCCAAGAGCUCUUCCUGCGGACCACCGAAAAGGGGAUCUGGAGCAAGCCUUACUGGUUUCCCGGAUUCGACCAGUUCGCCGAGCUGAGUCUGGCAGAGCAGAUGGAAGACUUCCACGCCCGUCUAGGUGGCUCGGGGCAAACAGCCGACCGUCAAUCGGUUAUCGAUACGAUCGAGCCAGAGAGCCGCAGACGUGCCUGGGGUUCUCAGCUCUCCUUGAACCCAUCCGAAGAGAUACCAGCAGGUUCAAUCGCCUCCAAUGGAGAACUCGGGGUACUCAAAUUCUUCAAAGAAAGAUGUCAAGAUCUCCAGAGAACUUCUUGCCCUAAUGAGGCAUUAUUAAGACUCGUCCAACGGGCGCUUCUGUAUAUCCUGCAGCUUCCAAAACUCUCGUCAACAAGCCUCAAGGGAUGGCUCACACAGCUCAAAGCACUAGCCAUAAACACUUCUCGAGAUCACGAGCUUCUGACUACAAUCUUCUACGGCUUUUACAGCAUACAUCUCAAACUUUCUCAUGAUAACCAGCUCGAAAACCCCGUCCGACCCUUCUUGGACCUGCUCAUUAGUAGCAUCCCCAUAAAUAUUCUGAGGGAAGUACAAGGGGAAUGGAGUCGUGAGCUAUUCAAUCCAACCCUUGGCCUCAGUCCGAAAUUUCGUGAUUGGAAAGAAUUGAACAAGAUAAUAGUGAAUGAGCCGACUUUGGAGAAGUUACGAAUGUGUCUAAACCACCAAGAACAUGAACGUAUCGAGCAGCAUAUGUCCAGCCUAGAGCGAAUCUUUUCUGGCCCGGAAUCUGUGGGGUUCUCAGCGGAAACCCGAGUAGCCUCGAUCGCUUUAUUGGCCCACCUGAUAGCUAUUCCUGAACCCCGAUUGGCAGAGUUUCCGUUGGGGCUCUCCACUUGGUUGCUGGCUGAGACCCGUCUCUUGUUCCCCCACGAACGGCUCCUCUUGGCUUCUAUAUUGCAAGAUGUCAAUCACUUAACCAGGUCUCCUUGAUGGCUCUUCUGUUACACACCUUUGUCUGCCUUUUUGGUUGGUAUUUAGACAAUCUGGGGUGUGCAUUUAGCCCACCCCUACACCAAUGGGGGACUUCUUGACCCUCAGCUGAUUGGUCAUAGAUGGGUCACUGCAUCCCUUCUACACCGCAUGAUGACCUUGAGCUCAAGCUGGCAUUUUACAAUUCUGAAAUUGCUGAGAUAUCG